UGUUCAGUUGUAUCUUGCAACGCAUCAAUUUGUUGUAACAACGGGCUCGAGUAGUUAGGGCCACUCGGCGGCGCUCCGCCACUCUUGGUCAGUUGGUCGUCAGCUGUGCGUGUGGUGUGACGUGUGCCCGUGUGCCGCUAUGGGAUGUGCCAGUAGUGCGCCGUUCAACCCGGGCGCAGUGGCCAACGAUGCUCCAAUCGACGCCAACGGCGGAGGCGGGGGAUUGGCGGCCAAACUGCGUCGGAACGCCGGCGACAUUGUCGAUACAACAACCAGCUCUGUCAUGGGCGAAGCGGAGCGUCUCAAGGAUGGAGCCGUCUCUAAGAUGCAAGAUAUGGGCGAAACAAUACAGGAGACCGCUGAGGAAGCGGUGGACAAAGUGACAGAUAAGUUGACAUCGACAUUCAAGGACCUGACGUCAGCCGCUGAGGAGAAAGCGGCCGAAGCUGAGGAGGGAGCUGCUGAGGCGGAGGCCGCCAUUGCUGAGGCCAAGGCACGUGCUGAGGAGGACAUUGAGAACGAGGUUCGAAACAUGGUUGAAGAUCUGGAACAAGAGCUGCCUCCACCCGAUAUGCCACCUCCAGACAGUGAGAAAUCCGCUACCGACAGCCAACAUUUGCAGGAACCAAGCGAAGGAGAUCCACCGCAGGGAGUGAUUAUCACAGAGCUGGCAUCAGACGACCAGCCACCGGACACAUCCGAAGUGAACCUCGGAUUCGUAGAGGUGCCGGCUGGCGAAUUGCCGAACGGAGAAUUGCUAGGCACCCCGAGAGACGCGCUAGAAAGGGAGAUCGAAGGGUCGCCUCCACCGUCUGCCCUGCCUGAAAGCCACAUCCAGCCGCAAGCUGUUCCUUAUCCGUUUGUCAAUCUGACCGAAAUGAACCACGACGAAACCACGAGUGAUCAAGAGAAAGAUGAAGAGAGUGCAGAAACACAGGAUGAAACAAGAGCUGAGUCACCUGCCUACGAAGAAAUUAACGUGGAAUCCAGUAAUGACAACGCAAGUAUUUCGGAGCUAAACAAUAAUGAGACGAUCAAGGAUGAGGCAGCUACAAAUGAAGAUGACGUCACCCAGGAAACCGACAACGUGGAAACUGGUGGUGAUGAUGAAAAUACCCCAAGUCCUCCACAAGAUGAAGAGCCUACUGAGGAAGAGCCUGCAAACAAUGAUGAUACCGAACAGAAAGAUGAGAAUGAUGAUAGCGAACAAAAAGAUGAGAAUGAUGAUAGUGAACAGAAAGAUGAGAAUGAUGAAGAAAAAGAAGAAGAUGGCGAAGAAAAGAAGGAUGAGGAAGAUGAUGGUACAGAAAAGGAUGUUGAAGAUAGAUGAAGAUGAAGAUCGUGGAACUCUGAGGCUUAGCGAAAAAUUUGUUGAGAUACAAUGUGAUUUAACCAGAAAUAUGUGUGAUAAUAUCACAAAUUUUAAAUUUCUCAAAUCUUUUUUCAUAACAUUUCCACUGCCUGUACUGAUGACUUAAGAGUAGAAGCCUCUAC